AAUGCAACGGUUUACAACACUGCCAGACGUACUACAAUUCGUUUAUUAUUGUUAUAUUUUUGCAUGUUUAUCCGUCUUGUGUGGAAUGUCAAAGUCCUCCAGGAUCAAUAAAAGAAACAUUGAAAGAUGCGCAUCUGCAUGGCGUCGGACUUCUUUUAUCCGAGCAUCGGGGGCGUCGAGGAACAUGUUUACAAUCUCUCGCAAAUGCUGCUCAGACUGGGUCACAAGGUCGUGGUGCUGACGCACUCCUAUGGAGAUUGCAAUGGUAUACGCUACGUAACGGGCGGCUUAAAGGUCUACUAUCUUCCCAUUAAAGUGUGUUACAACCAGUGCAUCCUGCCAACCGCCGUAUGCAAUGUGCCCAUGCUUCGAGCGGUCCUUCUCCGGGAACGAGUGGACGUGGUCCACGGGCAUUCGGCCUUCAGCGCCUUGGCCCACGAGGCGUUGAUGGUGGGAUCAUUAUUGGGUCUUAAGACUGUUUUCACAGAUCAUAGCUUAUUUGGCUUCGCGGAUUUGUCGGCGGCCCUGACAAAUAACCUGCUGGAGGUCAAUUUAGGUAUGGUCAAUCACGCCAUCUGUGUCUCCCAUAUAGGCAAGGAGAACACUGUACUUAGAGCAAAGGUGGCUAAACAUCGCGUAUCUGUGAUACCAAAUGCGGUGGACACUGCUCUCUUUACACCAGACCCGUAUAAACGUCCAGGAAAUGAUAGAAUUAAUAUUGUUGUGGCGUCGCGACUUGUUUACCGAAAAGGAAUUGAUCUACUGGCUGGAGUAAUUCCCCGCUUCAAAAACAAUCCUAAUGUGCAUUUCAUUAUUGUUGGCGAUGGACCAAAGCGUGAUUUAUUGGAAGAGAUUCGGGAGAAGACGAACAUGCAGGACAGGGUUGAGAUGGUGGGUGCCGUGGAGCACGCCAAAGUCCGAGAUAUCUUGGUUCGUGGCCAUAUAUUUGUAAAUACUUCUCUGACUGAGGCCUACUGCAUGGCCAUUGUGGAGGCUGCUUCUUGUGGCCUUCAGGUUGUGUCGACAAGCGUCGGCGGCAUUCCGGAGGUGUUACCUCAAAGUUUAAUUUUGUUGGCGGAACCUGAUAUAGAUUCCAUAUACAGUGGGAUACUAGUGGCCAUUGAAAGACAUCGAAAGAGUGGUUUUAAGACGGUUAACCCUAACGCAGCCAAUGGCCACUUAGCAUCCGGAGACAACGGUCGGGGAAAGCGGCGUCAUCGACGCAAAGUAGAAUCAGAUGAAUCCCAGUCUAUCGAAGAUUCACUUGAAGCUCAGAACAUUCACCUAAAACCAAUUUUAUGUCCCUACCGAUGCAACGAGAUGGUCGAAACCCUAUACAACUGGGAGGAUGUGGCAUUACGUACGGUUAAGGUUUACAAUCGAGUUAUCCAAGAACGAUCCUUCACUACCAGUGAGCUGGUCGUUGCAGUAUGGCAGCACGGUUCCUGGUUCCUGGUCUUCUUUGUAGUCGCCCACUUCCUUAUGGGACUACUGGAGUUUUGGCGUCCGCGAAGUCGAGUGGAGCCAGCUCGAGAUAUGCAGCGUCUUCCCAGCUAGCAAAGCCAAAUCAAUCUUUUUAUUAAAUAAUUUUAAGUAUUUAUAUCUUUAAAUUACAUAUGUUGGUUGAAAGAUUGUAUACUGCCUUAAAUUGUAGUCAAAUACACUGAACUACACUACAUUCAAUGUACACUACUAGUACAUUGAACUGUUUACUAAAUUCGUUGUCAUG